AUGGCCGUACUGAGGAAACACUAUGUAGAUGACUACCUCGACAGUUUCGAUACGGAAGAAGAGGCAAUUAAGGUUGCUUUAGACGUUAAGGAGAUACACACACGUGGAGGAUUCGAGAUAAGGAAUUGGCAUUCGAAUUCGAAAACCCUGCUGCAACGGGUCGAAGAGUCAAAUCAACUACAAGCGCAGGUUAUAAACGUCGCCGCGGAAAGUGAAGCGGAAAGAGUGCUGUGCUUUCACAGCCGAGCUGCAGUUGGACGGAAUCUCUCUGACGAAGCGAAAUAUCUUGCGCAGUGUCGAACGGUUAUCCAAGACACUUGGCGCAGCAAAGCCGAGUGGGACGACGAGGUGAUUGAAACGAUUCGGACGCGCUGGCAAAAAUGGAUGAACGGUGUGGGCCUGAUCAGACUCCAAAGGGCAUAUUUUCCCUGGUUUUCAGCCGCAGAAAUCGGGCCAAUUGAACUACACGUCUUUACCGACGCCAGCGAGGAAGCUUACGCGUCUACUGCUUACUUCCGGGCAGUGAUAAACGGUAACGUAUACGUGACGCUAGUUAUGGCUAAGGCAAAGGUGGCACCAUUAAAGGUUUUAUCAGUACCUCACCUGAAGCUGAUGGGUGCUCUGCUAGGGGCAAGACCGGCAAAGGCAGUCUUCGAAUAUCAUACGUUUCCUAUUUGUCGACGAAUAAUGUGGACUGACUCAGAAACAACCCUGGCUUGGAUUCAGUCCCAAUACUGCCGUUACAGACAAUUCGUAGCCUUUAGAGUAGGGGAGAUCCUUAGCAAGACGGAAGCAAUCGAGUGGAGGUGGCUCCCUUCACGACACAAUGUAGCUGGUGAAGCCACCAAGUGGGGAAAAGGUCCCAUUACCGAAGUCCAUUCGCGUUGGUUUCGCGGUCCGGACUUCCUAUGCUUGCCGGAAGUGGAAUGGCCGAAAAGGACAUCAAGGAAACCGCCGGAGACGGAGGAAGAGAUGCGACAAAUGGUUCGAAGAAGUGGAGCCGGUGAAGGUGAAUGA